GUACAAGACCAUGCAUGUGCAGAACCGCCAGGCUGGAAGCAACUCUUGUGCCAGCAGCACUGGCUGACACCUGGACAUGCACUGAGCUAGGAUAUCCACCUCCAUCCCUCUCUGUUCUCCUCUCCCCGUUCCCCUCACUGUUUGAUGUCCAGCACCUGCAUUCACCCAACUCUACGACCUGAACCCCGGGGACUCCCUUCAUCAGGACCUCUUGGUGCCCACAGCUGAAAGUGUGUCACCGGUACAGAUGAAGCCUUCUUUGCUGCUUCUAUGUCAUCUCUGGCUGUUCAGCCUCACACCUCUCUCCUGGGCAUCAGACUCAGCACAAGGUGCCUCCAGCCUCACUUGUUGGUAUGACUCACGGGCAGCUCUCUUCUGCGACUGGACCCCAGGCAAGGACCUGGCUGAAGCACCAUGCCAGCUGGAGAUUUUAUCCAAGUUACCCUUCUGUGACAGGUUCUCUCUCUUCUCUGAAAAAAUCAAGAAGCACUGUGAAUUACCCAAGGCAGAACACACAACAAGACUGAGGAGAUGCAUCAAGACCUUCAGCAAAAACAAUAAUGCUCAAUGCUUCACCACUGCAGACAGUCUUACCAUGUCAGUCCAUUGCCAGGUUGGAGAGAAUAGGUCUGUACCCGUGCAAAUAGAAGAUUUCAGUCCACUUGCAAACAUAAAGCUGAGGCCCCCAAGCAAUCUUCAGCUGGUUCACAAAACUGAAAAUACAUACAACUUAACAUGGAGCCUGAAUAUCUCCUCUCACUAUUUGGAUGGGGAGCGGGAAUACCAAGUGCGGUACCGAAACACAACUGAGUCCUGGCAAGAGGCCAGGAACUUCACCAUUAUGCAAGACCAGAUGUGGGUGGUGUUUGAGAGCCUUUCACCCAACACGAAAUACGAGGCAGCUGUCCGUGCAAGGCCAAGUGCCUCAAGCAUCUGCAAAGGCGUGUGGAGCGACUGGAGCGAGACGAUACUGUGGAGGACUCAUGCUGACCAAACAUCCCAACCGGUACUGCCGUUUCUUAUAGUGAGCACUUGCAUCUUCGUGGUCAUUGGAACUGCCUUCCUUAUUAACUUACGGACCCUGAAAUGGUUUAAGAAGAUCCUGAAAAUUCACAUCCCAGACCCCGAGAAGUUCUUCCCCCCACUUGUUUCAGUUCACGGAGGUGACAUUCAGAAAUGGCUCUCCUCCCCAUUCUCCACAUCUUCCUACUGUGUGAACAGCACAACCCCAGAGAUCUCCAUGCUUGAGGUGAUGCAGAAGAAUGACCAGGAAUCACAGCUUCUACUUUCCAAGGGCACCCUAACUCCUGAACCACCCUUAGAAACCAGUGGCCACUCUGUAUCCAGCUGCUUCACCGACCAAGGCUACUUCUUCUUCCCCCUUUCCAACUCCUUUGAAAUUGAGCCCUGCCAGGUAUACUUCACCUACGAGCCUUUCACCCAGGAGGGCAUUGGCAGCGGGAAUGGCAAGCCUUACUAUGCUCUACCCUCCCCAGACCUCUGCACGCUGGCAGAGGACAUGCCAGUGUUGUCCCACAACUUCUUGCACUGUAUCAAGCUGACCCGGGGCUUACAAAGCAGCUCCCUCAUGGAAAAGAUGGAAGGAGAAUCCCAGCAGGCCAUGGCUAUUUCUGGGGUUCUCCAGUCAAGUGAAGGCACCUCGCUAACACCAGUUCUGAAACAGAAUGAGAAGGUGAUGGACAAAGCAGCCUUACAGCCUCCUGGGGCCCCGUGCCAGCUGGACACUGACUUUUCUCACCCACCAGACCUGGAUGACAGCAAUACUGUUGAUGUAAUGGAGGGGAAUGGGGAGGCAAACCCCCCGACUGACCCCUGUACACCAGCAGUACAUGAUACCUCUUCUUCCUCUCAGCCUUCACCUCUAAGGCAAAGCCAGAAUGAGGAUUCAUGCAGAACAGCCUGCUCCAGCCAGGCCCCAAACACUGGUGCCUACCUUUCCCUGAGGGACCUCCAGUGCCAAUACAGCUAUUGCUCUGUCUAGGAUCUGCCUGGAGGAAACCCACAGGUGGGAAAGGCCUUCCCUGCAGGAAAGGCUGGAGAGUGAGUUUUCCUAUUCAGGGCAAGAAUGUGGCUUCAGCAUCAGACCCAUUGGGACUGUUCUUUAAAGAAGCUGGAGAGACCAGUUACUCUAGAGGGCUGCAAAACCAGAAAAGGGAUAGGAUGGACAAGGUGUAAAUUCAUGGAUGUCUAAAUGAGUAAACACCAGUUCCCAAGGUAAAGUGUUAGUGAAACAGACCGCUGGAAAUGAGAGGACAUUUUGUAUGGAGAGCUAGGCUAGUGGGCAGUAAAUCAAGAGAUGGAAAAUGAUAAAGGCACGUUAAAGCUGUUCAGUGGCAGCACAGCUAAUGGAGACAUAUAAGCCUUAGUCUUAUUCUUAGGCAUACAGGCAAACAAGGACUCACCUUUGUAACUGAAUCUGUUUCUCUUCUAUUACUGGAUCUGACAGAAUAGAAACCCCUUCCUGAACUGCUCAAGUGCCAUACCAAAUUGCACCAGCUUGUUUUUAACUUCCCAGCUCCUUAGUAGGAGGCUGUGCCAGCACUUCCAUGCUCUGCAUCUUGGUGUGAAAUAGCACUCAGAUUUGAUGCCGAGCAGCCACAUGGUCCAUUUGCCUCAUCCCAGCCUAAAAACCUCUAACAGGAGGGAGAAAUGCCUGAAAAGGUAGACAAGAGAUUUUGUACAAGGGACAGUAGCACCGCUGGUCAGUGCUGUGGCCAGUGAUGAAAUGGACGAAGACAUCUGACCAAGGGUAUAACUUUUCCUGUGAUGUCCCCACUUCAGGUUUUAAUCAGAUAUUACAUUCUAAGCUACUCAGUCCAGCUUUGGACUUGAGUCUCUAAGGUAGGCUCAGAGCCCCAGCUGUGUCAGCUGUCUAAGGCAAUGCAGUGUAAAAACAAAUCCCCAUUAUUGGGUUAAAAAUAGUGGGGAAAUCCCCCUCCCCCCUUUCCCCCAGGUCUGAUGAUGGCAGUAAAGAGAACGCACACAAUUUCCCAUUCUUGCUGCAAUAUUUUUCAUGAAAUCGAAAGCCUCUCUGCCCUGCUGGCAAAAUACAGUUAUUUGACUACGAUAAGCUGAUUGCAGAGUAGUUCAUCCCACAUCCUGUAUUAGUGGAAAACAUCACAACACUGCUGCCCAUUCCUUCCAUUGCUCAAGGGAAACCAUUGCCUAAUUAGCAGCAAAGAUGUGGUGAAUAAGCCCAGAAAACUAACCCACAAAUCAGCACCUUUGCUGAAAAGAAAACCCCAAUCCACUCACAAAGAAUGGGGAUAGCAAAGGCCACAUUGUGUUUUUUUCUUUUUCCUCUGCAUUUGCUGAUCUCAUUUCAGAAAAAGCAGCUCAACGUGGAAGAAAAGUGGCAAGGCAAAGGAAGACAAGCUGUUCUGGUUACACACAUCCCUGCAUUUAACAUCUGUACUGUCUAUCUGCUUUCUUGCAUAUUUCUGGACUACUCAGCAGUGGGAAAAUAUCAGCCCUGUGCUAAAGAUCCUUCUUCUAAGAUUUUUUAUAUCAAAAAGGUCAAGGAUAUCAAACUCAUUAAUUCUGUCACCCCUGUGAGUAUCACUCAGAACUAAUUAUUCCUUACCCCUCUUUGUACAAGCAUUGAGCUUCCCCGUUGUCACAGUUCCACACUGUUACCUGACCUUGCAUUAUGCAGACGGAAUAUCAUUAUGAAUCCCAGGUGUGGGGUACCCACUGGCUUGGAUUUCACCACAAAAGUGCUGCUCAGAGGAGCUGAACCUGAAUGUAACUGAGAGGGAUGGAGGAGCUAAACCUCUCCUCUCAUCAGCUUCUUCACCACCUGCAUCAAGACGUGGACUGCUCCGUUGUCUGCAGGAGACAACGGCUGAAGAACACCCUACAGCUUCCUGGAUAAGGAAGCACAAGGCUUGCCCAGCUGCUUGUUAUACAUUCAGAAUCUUCCCAGAUGGACUUCAAAAAGACGUGCUGAAUCCCAUGCCCCUGACAGGCAAUUUGCUGUUUUACAUGGGCCAAGUAUCCUAGUUGUACUGAUGAUUAUCCUGUCCCAAUGUAGAUCUUCAUAAGCUUUUUAAUUAUUCUCGCUUCUGAGUACAAAAGAAAAACUUUCCCUCUUUGCAAAUAAAAUAAAUAUUUAGUAAUCUACA